AUGACAGUCUGUCUCGUCUCGGCGUGGGAGGACCAGAUUGAGCCCCGCCUUGUUGCACGAACACCCAGAGAAAAGGAUACGAACCGACGGCGUUUCCUGUCCGGGACAAUGGAGCGGGGACCCACACGCGCCAUACGACAGGAUCAGCCACAGAGCGUCGUUAGGGUGUCGCUUAAGUAUGAGGGCUUAGAAAAUGGAGAACAAACCCCAUCUUCAACGACCUCUCAUCAUGACCAAAAAACGAGGUCGGGGCCAAGCGUAAAUAUUUGGCUGCAGACAGGGAUUCUGGUCCUACCACGUUCGAUGCUUUCACUGAUGUCAGAAGACCUAAAAACGUCGGAAGUUGCUUUGUGUCCUGGUUCCGUCGCUGCCAGACGAUUGGCGUCUGCCUUAUUCGAGCCCUUCAGAUAUAGCCAUACCAAGGCUCGAUCCGGAUCCAAAUGCUGUAUUAGUAUGCAAAUCACACGAGGUCGGACUAUUCUAAUCCCAGAAGACCAAAAAUCCACAGUCGCACUUCCAGACCAUAUCGCUGAGGCUUUCGACGUCCCCGUCACUAAAUCCUGGAACGAAGAUUUCCGGGCCACAGCCCCGAUACCAUAUCUCUCCCCACCUCGUCGUGCUCUGCGCUGUCCUGACUGUAGCCAUAUCAUCACUUCGUCAUUGUCUCCCAAAGGAGUGGAAAAGGUUAUAGCACCGCGCUCCGACCAUAUCAAGCAGAGGCACGGUCGUCGAACGACCUCGUCUGAUCGGCAUCCAGACCCCAAUGAAUACUUUUAUGCCCAGGUAUCAGGCCCAUCAUGCGGAGGAAAACGUUUGCAUUCCAAAAUUGUUCUUCAUGGUUAUACUCCUCCUCCUCAGUCUGGUCCUGCAUACCAAUGUGUUCAGGCCCUGACGUCGCUUAAACCUUCGACGGUUGGCAUCUCCACCCCUACUCCGGUCUAUGCGGAAUGGUUAGAGCAGUUAGGGUAUCCGUCGAUGUUACAGCAUGCCCUCAAGGGUUUAUCGCAAAACGAACUCUUCUCGCUAGUGAUACUCCCUAGUCUGUAUGAGACAAGAUCUCCUCCACUUCCGAAUGAAGUCCUAGUUGAAAAUGCCCUACGGCACAUAUAUCUAUUUCUCACGACCUUCAUCAAGGACGCGAACCGCUACCUUGAUUCUGCACACCCCCAGCUACGGGAUGAGAUCGGCACCCCGUCUUCUCAAUUUCGGAAUCUAAAGUAUCCCUCAGCGUAUGCAGGUAUUGUUAUGGGCCUUUUCAUUCUCCUCCUGCGCACGACUGUUCUCAAUAAGGCUGGUAUGCCUCUUCCCUUCAAGCUCAAACUCGAUCCCCAGGAGCGUAAGGCAACGAAGCGGCUGUACCGCUAUAUAACCGAGUCUGGCGACGACCUCGACCUUGGUACUCUUCACCAAAAGACUUACAACCUUCUCAAGGCGGUCCUCAUGGCCCAGCCGUCGAUAGAGAAACGGUGGUCGACCGCUAUCGACUACGUCUUGUUUUUUGGUGCUUUUCGUCGACGGAGGACGGGGAUGCUGGAAGGAGAUUCUCCAUUCGCGAGUCCUGGUCAGUUCACUGCGGUUCAUAUCGUUCGGCUGGGAGACAGUAAGGCUGUCUAUGUGCCUUUUGAGGAUAAUAAUUCAGUCUCGCUAGAUUCUGUGAUUGUCGAGGAGGAAGACGAAGAACAAUCCACUUCCUUCUCUCGUGUGCGGGUGGCCUGGCAUGCUGCUCAUGUCGGGAAGCUGCAAUGUCCGCCCCCUACGCAGUCAGUUUGGGAACCCAAUGGUCAUUCCUUCACACUGCAUCGCAAGGCACGCACCAUCGAAGUCGACGUAAACCGCUUCAAGGAUGGAACAUGGAGCUUGGUCAAGUCAGUACAUCGAGUACUCGAGAAGCUCAUGCUUGAUGAUCCAGAAAGUAUUGACCUGGUUAUGACAUUCGACGUUCUUGGCCUCGAGGAUAAUCCUUGCGUGCCGGUAUCUUUCAUCGCAUCAACUACCAGUCGUAGUGCUACAGCAUCCAUUGUUGAGGUGAUCUGGGAAAAGCUUCAAGCAUACGUUUUCCAUGACGGACCGAAGAGGAUCGAUGGAAGUCGUGUUCGCGAUUGGCUCCGAUUGGAGGAACUCGUCGGCGUGCUUGUUACUCUUCAUGCUAUAACGGGUGGCAUCAACCCGCGAAGCCAGCAAAUUGCGCAGCUUGAGUUUAAUAGCUCAAUCGCCGACCAUGAUCGACACCUUUUCCUCCUGAACCGAGACCUGGUGGUCGCCUUUUCGCCAAGCAAGAACCCACGGAAACAAGGGGAAAAGUCUGGCAGUGUACAUUUUCUUCCCUCAGUCGUGGCCCAGCUUCUCAUCGUUUUUUUGAUAUUCGUUCGGCCUUUGAAGACGCGAUUACUGAUGGCUCGUGGUUCGGUAAAGCUACCGGGUUUUCUCCAGACUCGUAUUUACCUCGACACUCACGGAUACCCAUACUCGGGCGCUCAGCUCGACAAUAUCAUUAGAGAUCAUCUCGGAAAACACUUUGGUAUGUACGCCAACACACUUGACCUCCGGCAAAUCUUCUCGUCCAUCAAGAAUAAAUAUUCG